CUUCCGGGCGGAACCUGGCGGGGGCCACUUGACGCGCCAAAGAUGGCGGCGCCCAGUGAGGUGGCGUGAAAGUUGUGGGAAGUCGGCGUGGCGGGGUUCGUGAAUCAGAAGCGUGAAGGACCUAGGAACCAUGUCGCGACUGAUCGUGAAGAACCUCCCUAAUGGGAUGAAAGAGGAGCGAUUCCGGCAGUUGUUUGCCGCCUUUGGCGCACUGACUGACUGCAGCCUUAAGUUCACCAAAGACGGCAAGUUCCGCAAGUUCGGCUUUAUAGGCUUCAAGUCGGAGGAGGAGGCGCAGGCAGCACUGCGCCAUUUCAACCGGAGUUUUAUCGACACAUCCCGGAUCACGGUGGAAUUCUGCAAGUCCUUUGGAGACCCAACGAAACCCCGAGCCUGGAGCAAACAUGCCCAGAAGCCUAGCCAGCCCAAGCAGUCAUCACAAGACUCCGUUCCCUCAGAUACUAAAAAAAAUGACAAAAAGAAAAAGGUGCCCAGUGACCUAGAGAAGCUGAAGGAAGAUGCCGAGUUCCAGGAGUUCCUGUCGAUUCACCAGAAGAGGGCCCAAGUGGCCACGUGGGCAAACGAUGCUCUGAACACUGAGCUCCCGAGAGCAAAGACCAAGCCAGCGAGUGACUAUCUGAACUUCGACUCCGACUCAGACUCAGGGCAGGAGAGUGAGGAGGAGCCAACUGGAGAGGAACCUGAAGAGGAGCAAGGCCUGCAGACAAAGGCAGCCACGCAGAAGGAACUGUCCGACAUGGACUACCUGAAGUCCAAGAUGGUGCGGCGGGCUGAGGUGUCCUCCGAGGACGAGGACAGCGAGGACGAGGCGGUGAACUGUGAGGCGGGCAGCGAGGCUGAGGAGGAGGAGGGGGGCUCCCCUGCCUCCCCAGUCCCACAGAAGAGUACGAGCAGGGCAGCCGCCGCUGACAAGGUAGAGAAACCAGUUGGCAAGAAGGAACCCACCACGCCUUACACCGUGAAGCUCCGGGGAGCCCCCUUCAAUGUCACGGAGAAAAACGUUAUGGAGUUCCUGGCGCCCCUGAAGCCAACGGCCAUUCGAAUAAUGAGAAAUGCCCACGGGAACAAAACAGGGUGUGUCUUCGUGGACCUCAGCAGCGAAGAAGACGUGAAGAAAGCUCUGAAGUGCAACCGGGAAUACAUGGGUGGACGCUAUAUUGAGGUCUUCAGGGAGAAGGCCCCCAAGGCCCACAGUCCCCCAAAGAGCAGCAGCACCACACCCUGGAAGAGCCGCACGCUCGGGGAACAUGAGGAGGAGGAAGACCUGGCCGACUCCGGGAGGCUCUUCGUGCGGAACCUGUCCUACACCAGCUCCGAGGAAGACUUGGAGAAGCUGUUCUCUGCCUAUGGUCCCCUGUCAGAGCUCCACUAUCCCAUUGACAGCCUGACCAAGAAGCCCAAGGGUUUUGCGUUCAUCACCUUCAUGUUCCCUGAGCACGCAGUGAAGGCCUAUGCUGAGGUAGAUGGGCAGGUCUUCCAGGGCAGGAUGCUCCAUGUCCUUCCUUCCACUAUCAAGAAGGAAGCCAGCCAGGAGGCAGAUGCCCCGGGAUCCUCUUACAAGAAGAAGAAGGAAGCCAUGGACAAAGCCAACAGCUCCAGCUCUCACAACUGGAACACGCUGUUCAUGGGACCAAACGCCGUAGCCGACGCCAUUGCACAGAAGUACAACGCCACCAAGAGCCAAGUGUUUGAUCACGAGACCAAGGGCAGUGUGGCUGUGCGUGUGGCUCUGGGGGAGACCCAGCUGGUCCAGGAGGUUCGCAGCUUCCUUAUCGACAAUGGCGUUUGCCUGGACUCUUUCAGCCAGGCUGCAGCAGAGCGAAGUAAGACUGUGAUCCUGGUGAAGAACCUCCCAGCAGGCACGCUGGCAGCAGAACUCCAAGAGAUCUUCGGCCGCUUUGGCAGCUUGGGCCGUGUGCUGCUGCCUGAAGGUGGCAUCUCAGCCAUCGUAGAGUUCCUGGAGCCCCUGGAGGCCCGCAAGGCCUUCAGGCACCUGGCCUAUUCCAAGUUCCAUCAUGUCCCCCUGUACCUGGAGUGGGCUCCAAUUGGUGUCUUUGGUGCAGCCCCGCAGAAGAAAGAUUCCCAACCUGCGCAGACUGCGGAGAAGGACAAGGCAGAGCCAGAGACCGCACUCGACCCCCAAGGUGAAAAGCCGUCAGGGGAAGGAGCAGAGGCCCCCACAGGCGAGAUGGCAGAGGAGGAGGAAGAGGAGGAGGAAGAGGAAGAAAGUGUCCCAGGAUGCACUUUAUUUAUUAAGAACCUCAACUUCAGCACCACAGAGGAGACGCUGAAGGAAGUGUUUUCCAAAGUGGGAGCCGUGAAGAGCUGCACCGUGUCCAAGAAGAAGAGUAAAGCAGGAGUGUUGCUGUCAAUGGGAUUUGGGUUUGUGGAAUACAAGAAGCCAGAGCAAGCCCAGAAAGCCCUCAAGCAGCUCCAGGGUCACGUCGUGGACGGCCAUAAGCUGGAAGUGCGAAUCUCUGAACGGGCCACCAAGCCUGCCUUGACAACCUCUCGGAAGAAACAGAUCUCCAAGAAGCAGACGACCUCCAAGAUUCUGGUGCGGAAUAUCCCCUUCCAGGCCAACCAGAGGGAAAUCCGGGAGCUUUUCAGCACCUUUGGGGAACUGAAGACCGUGCGCCUACCAAAGAAGAUGACGGGGACAGGCGCGCACAGGGGCUUCUGCUUCGUGGACUUCGUCACCAAGCAGGAUGCGAAGAAAGCCUUCAACGCGCUCUGCCACAGCACCCACUUGUAUGGCCGGAGGCUGGUUCUGGAGUGGGCAGACUCGGAGGUGACUGUGCAGGCUCUGCGGAGGAAGACGGCCAGACACUUCCAAGAGCCCCCGAAGAAGAAGCGAUCUGCAGUGUUGGACGGGAUCCUGGAGCAGCUGGAAGAUGGGGACAACGGCGAUGACAGCGAGCAAGCUCUUCAGCUGUGAGCACCUGCCCUGGGCAGCCACGUGAGGGGCAGAGACUCUGGUGGGUACAGUGCACAGCCAGGGUCGAGCCCAUGGGAGGAGCAAGCCGCUGUCUAGCGGGGACUCGCACCUCAACCCUGCUCACCAGCCACGCAGGCCGGCCGCACCCAGCCAGGCUCCUGCAGCCAUCUCACCCUCUGCAGCGCUGCCGGCCAGAGGACGGAGCUGCGGACGCCACCUCAGACGCAGAGCCCUUCCCAGACCUGGAGCGUCACGUUCCAAGCCCUGAUGCCAGGUUCGCAGGCCAGACUGAGCGUUCUAUCACCAUUGCCUCUGAAGGUGGAGGCCCUGGGAGCCCUGUCCAAGCCUCGCCCUGGGCCAAUUGACCAACUGCAGAAGAGGACAUGGCAUCAGGCAGGGAGCGGGGCCACCGCCCUUCACCCACUGUCCAGCCUCAGCUCCACCACCCCUAGCGUACAGCUUCAGACCUAUAGUACAGCUUUUGAGCUCCGGUGAUGUCUGCUCAGUGCAGGCAACAGGCUGGCCAUGGUGGCCUCAGCUAGCCAUACCAUGUUCAACCAUCCAACCCAGGAAGAUCUGAGAAGACUCCUCCCACUUCUGAGUCGUCAUCACCGGGACUGUGGGUGCUGGACAGGACUCAGCAGGGGUGCCAAGCCUUCGGACUUUUUUGGGAGAAUCUUAGCCUUUGUGGGUUUUUUUUUGAGGGGGAGGAUGAGGCCCUGCUUUUCAUAGUGGCCCAUACCAAAGCUGGGACCACACCCUGUGCGUGGGAUUGGCACUUUGUUACAGUCCAAGGGCGCUGAGAGUUAGGCAGUAAAAGUCAGAACCUAA